AGAUUUACGGAAUUGAUCAGUACGUUAUAAACACAAGUGGCCUUUUAUAAUGUCGUCGCAGAACGAUGGAUGGCUUUCAACAGUUAGUAAAUUAUUCUCGAGCGGUUCACGCACUUCUCCUAGUUUCCCACAACAAAGUCGCUUAGAAGUUCAGGAGGAGUCCUCCGUGGACAAUGUAUAUCGGGAUUCUAACAUAACGAAUGGGAGUAUACAUAACACUGGCCCGCCGCGAAGUCUUCGUUACCUUAGUCCGUCUGCGUUGGACGGUGGUUUCUUAAAACCAGGAGUUUCCAAACCCAGGCCAUCAGAAGACAUCUUUGGCAUAACAUCUAGCACGCGGAAAAGAGUGUUGACAAGUGAUGAGCGUCCCGCUACGGCUAUGGACGGCAUUUUUAGUCGCGACAAUCCCAAAAGGUUUAGAAGAGAACAUUUCGGACACAGUAUGCUUGAAACUUUGCACACUAAUACUGAUGAUCUCGAAUCUCCUUGGCUAGAUAGAAGUAUGGGUGGCUCAUUAUCUUGCGUAGAUUUUGCUCAUUCUCCUUGUUCUUCAAAUCGUUCACUGAUCAGUCGUAUUGGAGGCAAUCGCAGCAAUUCUUCAAGUUUAAGUUCGAAAACAAAAGCUAUACUCAACCAUCUUGAACGAAUUAACACACCUGCUAGGGAAGCUCGUAAACUGCCUGUGAUGCGCGGAUCGACAGUACCGUCGGAACGUUGGGCUCCUAUGCACAUUGGUGCUGCUCCUCCUUUAGUUCGAUCUAGUGCUACAGUGCCAUCCCGCAUACAGCUCCUCUCCUCAUCCAUGGCCGCUCAGCGCAAGCCUUACUGGCGUGAUAUCACAAGGAAAACACAAGAGAAAGAGAAGAGUGCAGCCAGGAAGGAGACCAAUGUCAAUGCUGACAAGACAUCGGUGCAUCCCUUAUUUGACAUAGACGAUGAAAGUGUCCGGGGACAUACUGAUUCUACUGGGAAGAUGCAGGAAGCGAGUGCGAUCUCAUCGUCAUCUGCGAACGUUAUUGAUAAGAGUAAAAACGAGAGGCUGGUGCAGAAUGUCUUUAGCGCUAGACAGCUUUUUGAGGACGAAUCUAAUGGUGUUGAUAGCAGUGUGGAUCAGCCUCUAUUUGCGCCUCCUACGAAAGCUGUUCCCUCCACAGAGAUAAAGAAUGAUUUUGUAUUCUCGUUUGCUCCUCCCGUUGAACGUUUACCAGGGAGAGAGCAAUUUCUUCCUUCUACCAGUGACGCAAAGAGUGGAAGCGUUUCGGACGGUGAAGAAAGUGGCACCGACGUUUCGGAGGAUGAGGAGGACAGCUCUCCAUCGGAUGUGGAAGAAGAUACCACAAAUAAAAAUUUAAAGUCUUCCCGUCCACCAACCGCUGCUGACAGCGAAACAUCUGCUGUCAUUUCAUCUAGUAUCACACCUGCGUCCUCGAAUGAUGCCUCUCCUCAGACAAAGGUGGAAUCUUCAUGGGAGUGCCCUGAUUGUUUCAUAACAAAUAAGAACGUGUCGGUUUGCGUUGCGUGCGGUCAUAACAAGGAUGGUGGAAACGCUUCCAAAGCACUUGUCUCCAACAUCUCUUCAUUCGCGAAAUCUGCACCAUCCACAACAUUCAGCUUCGGAUUAUCGUCCGGAAAAUUAGCAAAUGGAAGUAGCAAACCGAGUGUUGCUGCAGCUGUGCCUACAUGCACAAGUGAAUCACCUUCAAAGGGUUCAGACGCUGCUGGUGCUGCCACUGCUAAUGUUGGUCCUGCACCGGCUGUGCUCUCUGUUCCUGUUGCACCCCAAGCUGAUUCUUCUACCACUGUGAAAGCAAUAGAAAAGGAAAAGACGGGGGAUUUGGAAAAAGAACGGAAACCCUGGGAUUGCCCGGACUGCAUGGUUCAAAAUAAGGCGACGGAUGACAAAUGUGUAUGUUGUGGGCAUGUGAUGUACAAAUCAAGUCAGGAGACACCAUCUGCCGCGAAUGUGUUUGGUGACCGUGCAUUCAAACCACCUUCAAGCACUGGAUUUACAUUCGGCUUGAGUGGUGCAGCAGCAAAUGGCGCCACUUCUAUUCCCACUGUUAAAUUCGGUUUCGGAACUAGCUCCAUCAAGGAGGCUCCGGCAGCGAAGGAACAAUCAAGCGCGAUUGUAUCCGCCCCAUCUGUUCAGAACAGUAACGGAACCGUCAUUGCCUCUGUAUUCCAGCCCAAAUCGGAUGUUCAACCUCCUUUGCUAAAAACUGCUUCUUCGCCAUCUUUCGUUCCAACAACUGAGAGCGUGGACAAGCCUCAGACUACCGCUUUCACCUUGGGAGCUGGUUCAUCACUUUUCGGAGCGGGAGCAAAGCCACCUCUUUUUGGAUCGUCUUCAACAUCUUUAUUCAACUCAUCUUCAUCUACCGGUUCACUUCUUACUACACCAGCAACUACAGCGGCAGCAAUUUCUGCUAAUGUCAAUGCUAGUUCACAAGCGGCUCCUACAAACGCUCCCGCACCAUUCACUUUCGGUGCUUCUGCACCAGCGACGUCGAUCAAACCAUUUGGACUAUUUGAUACGAAAAAAGAUGACACGUCGGCAUCUGCUCCUAAAGCGCCAGUAUUUGGAAGCGGGUUGACCUUUGGAACACCAUCAACGGCUCCUAGCACUACUAUGACCGGAUCGAUUACGAGUGGUACUGCAGGGAACGCUGGAAGCACUUCAUCCACAACAUUGUUCGGUUCCUCCAUGUCGAGCAAACCGUUAUUUUCAUCCUUCGGAAGUACUGCAGAAGCACCGAAACCUAUGUUUGGAGCCGCUGUCCCAGCUGCGGAGGCUCCAAAGGUGCCUGUCUUUGGUGCGAGCCAAUCAGUUGCCGCUGAGAAGCCGAAACCACUUUUUGGAAGUACUCCACCUAUCAGCAAAUCCAUCUUUGGAGCUCCUGCUGCAUCGACCACGUCUUCCACCAAUGGAGGGCUUAGCUUCAAUUUUGGCUCGAAUAAUGCGUUUGGAGGCUUCGGUGCCGGAGUCUCUUCCAAUCCCGCUCCAGUGCCACCGCUGUCGGCUACUUCAUCUACCAACUCGCUCUUUUCUGCCGUACAGCAGGAUACUUCAAAACCUUUCCAAUUUGGCGCCACGAUUCCGGAACCAACGUUCCAAUUUGGUCAGGCACCACUCGCUGGUCCGACACCAUUUCAGUUCGGUUCCACACAACCAGCAGCACCUGCUUUCGGAGCCACGGGUAUCACAGCACCAGCCGUGCCAAGCUCCAAUUUUGCAUUUACGUCGAGCAGCACGACGAAUCGAAAGUUGGUGGCUGCUCGUCGGCGUUUGCCGCAACGGAAGUAGUUUGAUCAGACUGUUAUAGUUGUUGAUUGACCCGGUCAUGAUUGUUACUGCCGUGGGUAUAUAAUUGUAUAGUAACUGGUGAACAAUUUAGUUGGCCCUAUCUUGCGCGUCCCGUAUUAAGGCUGUUAGAUGCAAUCAUUUUUCUUUUCUUUGACACUCCUUCCAUUAUCGAACUUUUGUCAUCUUUGACGUGGUAGGGAGGAUAUGUUUUGUUGUGCGUCAUGCAGCUUUCUUUCAUCUUUUUUCAUUGUUGACAUGUCUGUGCAUCACACGAAUCGUUUGUGUUCUGUUUUCGUUCCCAUUCUCUUCUGUUGUUUCAUGAUUUUUCUUAUUAGAGGUUCUAUGAUUGAAUUACAAGUUGUAAUAUUUUUUCGUGAGUCCUAAUAUUCUGUUGACUUUGUGUAUAUUAGGUGGCGAACAUCGCCUGUGCGUAUGAUCUUAAUCUGGCAUACGGCUCACGCUCGCGCCUUGAGUCUAAUAGUUCCAUCUUGGUUAGCACAUGUGAUCCAUGCUUUUGAUUACUGAUAUUGACGUUGCUCUGAUCGUCGUUAUUGAGAUUUCAAUGAAGGUCAAAAUAUAA